AUGCCCUCAACAACCCCCCUUACCUCCUGCCCUGUAGUGGCCAUCGCCGGUGCAACCGGCCACUUGGGCAAAUACGUCCUCUCAGCCUUUCUCUCCGCCCCCUUCCACAGCUACUUCUCGGAGAUCAUCGUCCUCUCCCGGGACAAGAACCCCACUCUCCCCAAGCAAUAUGAUGACCGUGGCGCAACGCUGACCAUCCGCACCUACGACGAGACCAACCUCCCCGCCGCCCUAGACGGCGUCAACAUCCUCGUCAACACGAUCGGCGCCUCGGGCCACGCCUUCAAGGAGAAGCUCCUGCGCGCCCUCCCCCAGACAGGCGUCCAGGUGUACUUCCCGUCGGAGUUCGGGGUGGAUCACUACGUGCACGAUUUCCCGCACGGGGAGUGGGGCCAGAAGAAGCGGCACUAUGCGCUGGCGCAGGAGCUGGUGCCGCAGGUGAAGGUCUGCCGGGUGUUCUGUGGCUUGUUUCUGGAGGAUAGUAUCGGGCCGUGGUUUGGGUUUGAUACCCGGAAUGGGCGGUAUGAGAGUGUGGGCUCGUCGAAGAUGCCGAUCUCGUUUACCGGGUGCGAGGACGUGGGGAGGGCGGUGGCGUCGUUGGCGGCGAUGCCGGUGAUGGCGAUCCCGGAAGUGGUGCAUGUGGGUGGUGAUUCGAAGAGUAUUGCGGAUAUUGCGAAGAUCAUGGAAGAGGCAGGGGCGGGUGAGAUUGCUGUGACUGAGAUCGAUCUGGUGGAGUAUAAAAGGGAGAAGACGGCGGAGGUCUCGAAUAAGCCGGCGGCGUACUUGCGCUUCCUGAUGGGGGAGAAUAAGAUCAAUCAAACUCCGUCAGGGCUGGGGAAUGAUAAUGAAUUGGUCAACCAUGAAGAGAAGACGUGGAAGUGGAAGACGAUGAAGGAUUUGGCUCAGGCAACGGAAGGACGGCCGUGGAAGGACUUCCCGUGGCCGCCCAAAUAG